AUUUGUUAAAUAAAGGCAAGGUGUUGUCCAUAUUACAGAAACAAUUCUUGGGAAGAUUCAAAUUUUCAAGUGUAUUGUUUGAGUCCACUUGUUUCAAAUGUUGUGUGUUUCGUGAUUAUCUCGAGCCAUACUAGUAUUACGUACGCCUUUUGAUAUCAUCCCCGCCGUAAUCUUACACCUCCUAUGAGGCUCAAGCAUAGCUUCAUUCUCAGCUUUUAUCGAGAAAAAGAGACACCAGAAAUCAAUUCCUGUCAACAUGGCAGACGAAAAACGACCCGAUAAUACCUCUAUCGCAUCUACCCUGAACGGUGACGCAGCAGAUGCAAUAGAAAAACACCCGGCCGCGCCUACUCACGCUGUUGAGUCUUCCAGCUACCCGCCAUCAGUAAACAGAGCACAAGAAACAACUGAACCUGCAGAUUUCAUGUCAAACAAAGAAGAUGCUGAAGACGCUACUGCCAUCACGGUCACACGUACCCAAUCAGAGCCACAGUAUAUCUCUGGAUUCAGGCUAUAUGCUCUGCUGGGAUCGCUGACGCUGGUGUUCUUCUUGGUUAUGAUUGACAUGUCGAUUGUUGCUACUGCCAUUCCGAGUAUUACGAGUAGAUUUCACUCGCUUGAAGAUGUGGGUUGGUAUGGAAGUUCAUACCAACUAGCUUGCGCCUCCUUACAACCGCUAGCCGGAAAGCUAUACUCCAACUUUCGCUCCAAGUGGACAUUCCUGGUCUUCUUUGGCAUCUUCGAGCUCGGCUCACUUCUCUGCGGUGUUGCUACUUCGUCCAAGAUGCUUAUUAUCGCCAGAGCCAUAGCUGGUAUUGGUGGUUCGGGGCUUAUCAAUGGUGGUCUGACGAUCAUUUCCGCCUCCAUCCCACUACACAAACGACCCAAGUACUUUGGUAUCCUGAUGGGUUUGUCCCAGAUGGGCAUUGUAUGUGGCCCGCUUCUAGGCGGUGCAUUUACCACCUAUGUUAGCUGGCGAUGGUGCUUUUACAUUAACCUCCCCGUCGGCGCCGUCGCCGCAGUCUUCCUUUUAUUCAUCCAGCCGCCCGAAACCGUCAAACCACGCACCCUACCUGUUCUCGAAAUCAUCCGCACAAAGCUUGACCUGAUUGGCUUCGCACUAUUCGCCCCUGCCUCAAUCCAAUUCUUCCUCGCCCUCGACUACGGUGGCAACCAGUACGCCUGGAACAGCUCCGUGGUGAUCGGACUUUUCUGUGGCUCCGGAGCGACGCUGAUCGUGUUUUUGGUCUGGGAGUACUUCGAGGGCGACAACGCGAUGCUGCCGUUCUCAAUGAUCAAGCUCAGACCCGUCUGGACCUCAUGUUUGGUGAUGCUGUUCUACUUCGGCUGCGUACAAGUCUCAUCCUACUACAUCCCAAUUUACUUCCAAACCGUUAGGCAGAAGUCGGCUUUGUUGAGUGGUGUUUAUACCCUUCCGAACAUUAUUGCGCAGCUCUUUACUGCUGUUACAUCCGGUGUCAUCAUCGGCCGCGUCGGGUACUAUCUCCCCUUCAUCGUCGCCAGUUGCAUGUUGUGGGCCGUGUCCGGCGGUCUCAUGUCGACCUUCUCCCUGACCACUUCAACUGGACGCUGGAUCGGCUACCAGAUCCUGAUGGGCUUCGCUCGCGGUCUGGGCAUGCAAGUACCGAUGAUCGCCGUUCAAAACGCUCUUCCUCCAAACAUGGUGCCCGUUUCCAUGGCCCUGAUAUCCUUCUGCCAAACCUUUGGCGGUGCAGUCUGGCUGACCUUCGGCGAAACCAUUCUAUCAACGACACUGCGCCAGAAUCUACAAAAAUACGCCCCCGACGUGGAUGCUGCGGCGGUGAUUGAUGCCGGUGCGUCGGGCGUUGAUCAGGCGGUGCACGGAAAUGCGGCGAUGUUGAUGGAGGUCUUGGUCGCGUAUUCGAAGAGCAUUAAUGCGAUUUUCUACCUGGUGGCUGGCACGUCGUGUGCGAUGAUGGUUGUGUCGUGUUUCAUGGGCUGGAAGGAUAUUCGGAAGAAGGAUAAGAAGAAAGAGGAGCAGGUUGCGGACAAAGACCCUGAGGUAGGCUUGGAAAAGGAUGGAGAGACGAAGGGCAGUAAAAGUGAGGCUUGAUUGCCUUCGUGUCUUAGAAAUUACUACUGCAUUUACUAGUUAUAGCAUUGCUCGGUUGAUCUCCACUUCAAAGGGCUGACGGCGUUGUGUUGUUUCAUUCCUAGAUGGGCGUCUAGAUAGAAUAUUUAAUAAUAGAUACUAACUUAACAGCA